GCACCAACAAGAACCAACAAGCUGUUGGAUGGAAAGCUCUCAAGUCACAGAUUCAGGGAUUCUUCAACCAACUACAAUCCUAUUCUUGGCACUGCCAUCCUACCUGAGACACACCAUCAUUCUCAUCGGAGAUCGUCGAAAUGACCUCUCAAGAAGAGGGACCAAUCUUCCUCAACCCCAUAAUCCAAGGCUUCAACCCAGACCCAACAAUCUGCGUAGUUCCGCCAACAGACUCAACCCCGACGACGUAUUUUCUAUCUACUUCCACCUUUGAGUACUUCCCAGGCUGCGCCAUAUACACCUCAGUAGACCUCGUUAACUGGAAGCUCAUCGGGCACGCACUCACGCGCAGAAGCCAGAUCGAGCUGAGGACCGUCGAGCCUGGCGCUGGAAGCUGGGCAAGCACGCUGCGCUAUCGGCCUCAGGAGAAGCGCUGGUAUCUCGCCAACGGGCUCUUUCAGAGAUAUCGACCCGCGAAUGAUGAGCGCAUCUUCCCUAGGGGAUUCUAUGUUUGGACGGAUAACAUCUGGGAUGAAAACUCCUGGUCAGAUCCCGUAUACUUUGACAAUCCCGGAUUCGAUCAAGAUCUCUUCUGGGACGACGACGGAAAGGUCUACCUCUCAACAACAGUCCGCAUGGGAAAGCGAACUCCAGGCCUCAAACUAAAAGACUUUGCCAUCCACGUUUCAGAAAUCGACAUUACUACAGGCAGAACCCUCACCCCGCCACAAGUGAUCCGUGAAUCCCCACACGGAAUUGCAGAAGGAUCACACAUCAUCCGCCGGGGAGAGCACUACUACCUCUUCACCGCCGAAGGCGGCACAGAAGCCGGCCACCAAGAGUGGGUUUUCAGAAGCCAGAAAGGGCCGUAUGGGCCGUGGGAGGGGCAGGGCAAAGCUCUGUGGUAUAACGGGCCUGAGGAGGAGGUGCAGAGGACCGGCCACUGCGACGUCUUUGAAGAUGGCAAGGGAAAAUGGUGGGCUGUGCUGCUCGGUGUACGGCCCGUGAAGGUUGAGGAUAAAUACCUUGAGCCGCAGAUGGGCCGAGAGACGUUUCUGGUGCAGGUUGACUGGGUAGAUGAUUGGCCCAUCUUCAACAAGGGUCGCAACAUCACACUUCAAACCGUUGGCAGGGAGGAUAUUAGAAAGGCCGCCGCUGCUGAUGCUGACGGAGUCAAGUGGAAGGCAGACCUGUCCAGAUCAUCCCUGGAAAUUGGCUGGUAUCACAAGAGUGAGUGGGAAAGUCCGAGUACCAGAGCUGAAGCUGAUUUCAUCCUUCUAGAUACGCCUAUCAAGCCCUGCCACAGCCUGAUAGAACGCCCCGGCUGCCUGAGACUCUACGGGAACUGCUUCGAUCUCAAUAGUCCCGAAUCGCCGGCAAUGAUCUUGAGGAAGCAGACGUCAUACAGCGAGGGUUUCAAGGCUACAAUGCUUUUCAAACCCAGCCGGGCAGGGUAUGAAUCUGGCGUUACCGUGUGGUGGAGUCAGUACUCCUAUGCCACAAUUGGCAUUGGUGCUGUUCAACCACAAGAUGGAGGAUCCGCCGUCCCGACAAUCAUCACGAGGGAGCCUACGGGCAAGGUCAAUAAGCUCAAGGUGGCACACCCCCUAUUGGAUUCUGCAAUACCCGCCCUUAAUUUAAAUCAGCCGGUAAAACUGUCCAUCACGGCGAGGUCCUCCGACUAUGAGAUGAGUCUCUCGGUCGAUGGGAUUACGACUACCAAGAUAUUCAAGUCAGAGGCAUUGACAGUAUUUCCUCCCGUAGGAGGUGCUUUCUGUGGCGUCAUGUACGGGAUUUACUCAUUCGGGCAGAGUGAACCGGUACUGGAUCCUUCAGAUUUCACGGAGAUUGAAAUUCUAGAAAUUUAAGGGCCAAUUUUAAUAAGAUGCCAAGCUUGGCAAAUCUUUCCAGCCCUUCUUCUAUGGCUCACCUCCGUCGGAUAUCAACUGGUCUGGAGCCUCAAGGAAUGAACAGCCUA